GCCAUGCUACUUCAGUUAGACACUGAUACUCGGUAGCUUUGGGAAGCUUACUAACAAAGGAAACUAUUUUAUUGUGUACAAUUUGGCUGAUAAGUAUUAUUCGUGUUAUAAACUAAUGAUUCAUGUUAAAUUACAGGGGCUUUGCUGAAAAGCUUUCUCUUGAAUCAAUUCCAUUCUUCUCUGAACCCUCGUGACUUAUAACCUCCAAAAAAGAUGGAACCAUUCACGAAAUACCUUCUCGCUAACGUUUUUUACGUGUUUGCUCAAACUAACCGACAAAUUGCCCUCGAGUUUUCACAACCUCGACUUAUAGCAGAAAUAUUGUUGCAGUCGAAAUCAUUAUUAAAACCAUCGUGGUGUUAUAAUGAGAAUCUUUGUUUCAUUUGAGUUUGAAUCAUUUCCAGCAAGAUCGCGUUACAGUUAACCUCGCAUAUGCUAAAUAUGCUCAUCUUGCUUUUAAAUUCAUAAACACAUGAGCUUGAAUUGACAGAUUUUCCAUAAUUGUUAGAUUAGAACUAAAAAUAGCCGUAACUUGAAGACAAAAUUUUUCAGGCAGCGUGCAAAGGUCUCGGGGGCGCUCUUUUGCCUCCAUAAUAUGGAAACAGUAUUCUCUGUAAAGGUCUCUACAAUCCUUCUUGACCAAGAAGCAGAUUUUCAGAUUUCGAAAGAGGAAAGGGUCAGCGACACCACAUUUCUACCACCGGGCAGUCACAUAAUCAGCGAAAAGCCUGAAAUUUGCAUAUCGUUUUGAUUAAUUUUUCGUGUUUUCGAUCUUAUGACCUUAAAUCUUUCACGCGGCGUUUAUAAAGCUGCUCGUUUAAAGAACAAAUUGCCCCUUGUGAUAUCUCUGACAAACACGUCCUAAAACUGAAAUAUUAUCUUUUUGUUGAUAGGUUGACUCUUGCCCUUUUCCGUAAAUUUAGCCAAGGAUGCAUUUUCUCUGAAAACACAAGCAAAUAAACUUUGUAUUUAACUUGUACGCCUAAGGUAAACUUUGGCUAACGCGAUUGGAAAACCACUUUCUGGUUGGCCACUCUUAGCAAACAAAGCAAAUUGUCUCAAGCUCUUAGCCAUGCUAGGAAUCUUGAGUUGGGAAGGUUAAUGUCAAGAUUCGAGAGUUACUGCGGCGUUCCUUGAAUAGUACAGUGCUUGCUGGAUUAUGGCAUGACAAGCAAUUAUAAUCUUUUGAAGAAUUACUUAUAUGUCUAGUGGGAUUAUUUCAGGAACAAUGUUAAGAAGCAAAAACAUCAGAAAGUGGAAUUUGUUACAUGAUAAUACUUUUUCCGAGGUAUUUAGAUGAAAACUGGAGCUAUUUUUCAACGACAACAGGAAUUUCUAUCAUGUUUUCCCUCACUUCACUGCGUACCAUCAGCUGGAAAAAAGUGUAAAUGUUUUCACUUGACUAAAAAAAUUCUCAAACAAUCUUCCCCUAACCACUAAAAGAAAGUCAGUAAUCAGUCAGUAAAUGACGGUUAAAUUUCAACUACACUAAGAACUACAGCCUAAAACUGACCUUGCAGGAAUUAACUAAUAGGACAUCAAGUAAGGAAGCAUCAAAUAUCUAUGGUAUAAGAUCAAUGAAUUAGAUAAACAUUCCUGAAGAACGAGUGAAAAUCAUACCAUUUUAGAGAGUGGAAUGUGUCGUGCUCUGGGAAAUUGAAAAGAUUUUUGACAAGUAAAGCGUCCUCAAGAGUACAAACACGUGCUAAAGACAAAAUCUGGACAUUGGACAUUGAUACAUAAUAUUUACUUUCUCGAGGGGCUGACAUGUGAAUUCCUCUCCCUAAUAAAAGAAAAUCAUUAAACGGAGAUCAAAAAAAUUCACCACAUGCCAUGUUUUCCUUAACUUGUUUGCUUCAUCUAUGAGCGGAUGUGGUUUGUAUCGUGACCAAGAGGUAACAGUGCAGCCAAGAAGAAAGAGCAUUUACUGAGCCUGAGAAUUUGCUGUGAAACUCAAGCCUUGCAUAGACAUACUUGUAAACGCCAUGAAUGUAACGAGGUUUCACCUUGCCCUAAUUUCCUUUUGGAUGUUAUUAGUGCUACCAACAUGCAAAGCCGGUGAAGGAAGUUGUCUUCAUAUUGUGCAGUACAUAUAUCACAGCCUUGGAAUAAGAAUUCGUGGUUCCGACACCCCAAACAUUGUGGGAAGGUGGACUUCAUCGAGUUGUGAGGUGCGGCCAGGUCCACAGUUUGUUACAAGGUACAUCAAAGUUCUACGCAACGCGACGUGGGAAGGUUAUUUCCAUCGCUACAAUGACUCGCAGUGCUCAGAGCCCAAGUUAAGUCUUUAUAUGAAAGGGUUUUACAAGAUAUCGAAUGAACCUUUGGAAACCAUCGAAGGCAGCAACAAGGCAUUCUUUAACUUUACAAAGAUAGAACUAUACCCACAUAAUGGCCAUGAACAGGAAACAGCAGUCAAUGUAUCAACUAGACAUUGUCCAAAUACGCUGCGUGUUGUGAGAAGUUUGCGCGCCGCUGACGUGUUUGAAGUCGACAUCAGAGCGUUCAGGAAACGUGCUUGUCGGAAUGCCUUUGGUUUCUUAGAAUCGGAAUUUGCAGCAUUAAAGCUCGAAACUCGAAGAAAGAGGAGCUCCAAGUUCGACAAACUUUACUUUGGUGAGGUCCCUACUAUACGAGUGACCCGGAAGUACAAGCCCAAGUCUUACCAGCUUCCUCUGCAACGGUAUAACUCCAACUACAACUGUACUAUCUGCAAGAAGAUUCAAUCAGGCACUGGUGCGCGGCCUCCAAAGAUGCCUCAGAAACCACCCCGUCCCGUAGUACUGGACGGACAGUGGGCCAGUACCACCUGCGAAGCAAGCCCAGGAGGAAAGUUCUUAACGCGCCACUUUAAGUUCAUCAAAGAUUUAUGGCAAUGGGAAUGUCAUUACUACUUUUACUUAGAUGCUGAAUGCAAGAGCCUUGACUUUGAGCUGAACGGAAAAGGAACAUUCAUGGGUGGUAUUCCUUCUAAACUCGUGGCUGGAGCCUAUGACUAUGUGUUUACCAUGAACGAGGCAGCAAUCACUCCAUUUGACUCCAUCACCACACGAAUCUUAAACACUGCAGAGCCUAAUACAUGUGGAAAAAGCGGGACUUGGAAAACACAUGUCAGUCAAGAUAUCACAAUAACCAAAGGCUGUGGACUGUAUACCAUCUCUCUUCCCCAUACUGAAUAUGACCUACUCAAGAUGGACACAAGCCAACAAGGCAACAAACUGCUUUACGUGGGACAGCGUGCCAGUGAUGGAACAGAUCCAUCCUCUCCGACAAAAAGACCAACAUCUUUUCAAGUGCCACUCGUAGAAUGUUCGUCAUUCAAGUUUAAAUUUGUACCUCCGACAACUCGCCCGACAACUCGCACGACUACUAAGUUCCGCAACCCAGGUAUAAUCAUUCCCAUUGCAACGAAACCAACUGUUAGGCGAAAGGAGACUACCACCAGAAGGCGAACCGAUCGAGAGACUCUUCAUAAGACCACGCAAAAGAUAAAUGAGAAUGAUGACAACACCCAGAGGAUAACAGGUGAUGUUAGAGCUGCUUUUAGGAAUACUGCGGCAAGUUGGUCAUCGUGCAAACUCCUGCUGAUACUGAGCAUGCUCGCUAUUUUAUGGCGGAACUGAGCGAAGACAUUGUAUCGUGUAUGUGAUCAAGUUUCAUGUACGUUGAAACAAGUAGGUACUGAAGGUACAGCCAUUUUCAUAAUCGUAAAAGAAGGCACGCUUGUCCGCAUAAAUAUAACGUAAAUAACUGUUCGUGAUGAACACUGAUGCAAAUGGCAGUUUAUUUUAGUUUAAGUAAUUUGAUGGCGUUUUUGCAUAGAGACACCAAAUAAUGCUGACUUGGAAUUCUAUUGCUUAACACACCACUAGAACGUGCACUGAAGCAUUCAGUUGGCGCAGGAAAGAUAUUUUUGAUUGCCUUCGAAUGCAAAAGUAGGUGAAAGCCAAAAAAUGUUUAAGAACAUCGUUCUUUACAGCAGUUUCUUCAGCGAAACUGAACCAUGUUUUUAAAAGUGAAACGACAAUUAGUGUGAUGGUGUAUUUUUCGUAACGAUCGGCUGAUUUAAUUUGCGAAUGUAACUUGUGCGAGGUGAAUAUUCAUUAACAGAGUAAAUACAUCAAAGAAGGAAAGGGAAGGCUGAGCAGAAUUUCUCGAAUUUCGUAUUAUCUUCGUGUGAGGUUGAUCUGAGAGAAUCUUAGAGAUUUCUUAAAAUCUUGAGAAAGUCGCCACCUCUAAUUUAAAUUAAGUUUACGUUCUGUAAUUUGCCAUGUUUACUAUUCCUACAACGAUUGUAGCAAGUGCAUUCCAAGUGCGCUUUGUUCCCAAUUUGAGUAAAAGUCAGGAAAAUACCUACUUCAAGUAAUUUAAAAUUAAAAACUCCGUUAAUGCUUAAAGCAUAAAGGCCUACAAAUAGAGCACUCUGUUCAAUUAAAUUGUUAACCAAGAGGGUGUAAAUGUAUUCCAAAAAGUAAAGUAGUAUUUUUAACACUUUUUUGUUCUAGAGGCUUAAAAUUUGUUAUUUAAUAAUUCGUUGAACAUUUUGCUGCAUAUUAAAAAUACAAUUGUAGUUCCUCGUGGUCGAAGAGACGGAAUAUCAUUAGUGGGAUGGAUAUUCAGUACUGUAAAAAGUUAAACAGAGAGCGUCAAAAAGAUAAUGAAAAUUAGUUUUGUAACCCAUGUAUCAUUGUAAAAUGGAAUAAUUGACUGACAGUUUUGUAGAUAGGAUAAAUUUUUAAUAAAACAUCUAGGAAUGUUGGUAAAACACUA